AUGUACGAUGACAACAGCCAUUACAAAUGUGAAAAGGUUUUAAUUGCUGGCGGAGAUAGUUCCAAUGACUUAUCUGCUAUUCAUGCUAGUACAGAAUUGUAUGAUCAAUCGAUAAGACUCUGGACAAAUACGGGUUACUUGAAUAUCGGACGGACUUGUUUCGCAGCAUCUAUAUUACCAGAUGGAAAGCUCCUAAUUUCUGGUGGAUACGAUGGAAUUAAUCUUACAGCAAGCGCAGAACUGUACGAUUCAUUAACAGGACGAUGGAUAAAUACCACGAAAAUGAGUUGGGAACGAUGGUGGCAUACGUUGUCUCAAUUAACGGAUGGUAAUGUCUUGGCUCUUGGAGGGGAUUAUCAUUUCGAGCCAUCAACGUGUGAAUUAUAUAAUACAUCUACAGGUUUAUGGGAGCCCACUGGCCGAUUGAAUUAA